CGCUUAGUCGUCUAAGUAGAAUAUUAAAAUCGCGUUGCAACCCUACCACCAUCUAGAAAUGUAAACAAAAGAGCCGCCGGUUGGCUGUGUGAAACAAAGCUUAUAUGCGUUAUCAGAUAAUUAGUUUUGUUAUCGUUUAUUGUCCAGAAACUCACGAGAUUUAAGGAUAUAAGUGAAAGCAUUUAUAUUUAGAUGUGUCGCGAAAGUUUAAAACAUCUUUCCUUUAUUUUCAGUUAGCCCAAGCCUUUAUUAUUAUUUUUAUGCACUAUGCCGGCAUUAGUGCUUUUAAGAUCAGGAACGACUCUUCUCAUGGUGUUACUUUUGUUAUUACAAAAUUUAUACGGAUUGGUAGGAGCUAUUAACCAUUGGAUCCUCCAAGAUGAUGGACGCAUUACACAAAAAGUAGAUUCUCCAUUUUUGUUACGUGAACCACAUAAUCUUGUAACAUUUCUGGAUCAAAUACGACAUAAUGAUUACGUGGAGCAGUCUUAUCUAAAAUUGAGACGUCAACGCGAAUUAAUUGCAGAGCAUUUACGUUAUUCCAAACAGUUCAGUGAGGAUUUGGUUUUGCAGGCGGAACGCCUGCAGCCACAUUUAGGCGCACAAACACAACCAAUGCAAAAUUUGAUCAACUCGUUGGAAGCGCUUACUAAGCAGACGGCAAAAAUGUACAGCUACUUGGAGUUUGUCAAAGAUGAAUUGAAAGAGUUUAGGAAGCUGAAAACACAAAUUACCCAACAUCAUGAAAAAUUGAUACAACAGCAGGUGCCCCUUGCCUCACGUCAAUUAGAUGAAAAGGUGAAUAAUGAGGAUCUACUAAAACGAGGCCAAUACUGUAGUACUCGAACUUUGUCUAGAACAGAAGAUCCAGUUUUAUUUUGUGAUUUUUACUCCGAUAUGCAAAUGCGUUUAGAUGGAAAGGAUGUAGACCCUGAAACAUUAGAGCGUGAUUGGCAGCUGACAAGUGAAUCUGUGCUAAAUCAAGUGACUAAUUUGAAUGUGCAACAACGCAUGAAUUUGGAACAAAUAAAAGCUAUGCGAGCUAAGAAAGCGACUGCCGUGGCUAGUGCCAAAAGUAAGAAAGUGGCGCCGGUUUCGUCAGCAACAGGCGAUAUUCCUGAUGCUAAAAGUAAUGAUACAUAAGUAAGAAAAUCGUAAUCGCAAUAUUAAUAGCUUUAAAGACAACACAUUAAUUAAGUUUAGUUGCUUUCAAUUGACCUUUUUAUGCGCUAC